GUUUAGGCAAGGAUACAAUUCCUACCAACAUGCUUUGUGUUGGUGUGAUGCAAUAGAUGCAUGGGCAGUACACACUACUCUCCUAUCAAAAGACGAAAAAAAAAUACAAGUCCAAAGAAUUCUCCCAGAGAUGUUAUUUUGUCCCUGACGAUAGAGCAGUCCUUUCAAAGCGUGGCUGAGCCGAAAGUUAUCUCAAAUAAGAGAAUGUGAAAUGCUCUCCGUUUUCUAUCGCUCCCUAAUCAUUGUAUGGAUGGAUACUGCUGGCUAAGUUUAACGGCCAUACAUCGAGAAUCAAUAAUGUCUUCCUCGGCCCACGAUCCGAUAACUAUCAAAAGAUCGAAAGUUUUCUACUGAAACGGAACCCAAUUCUUUCUUCGAGGAGUUACCUAUCAGUCGGAUUCGUUGGAUUUAUUGGCUAACAGGGAAGCUUGUGAACGUGGUAUCAAGGCAUUAGUAUCUUUGGGGAUCAAUGUACUACAUGUAUCUGGGAUCGACCCAAGUCAAGAUCAUAAGAAAUGCAUGGACAAGUUUAUGGAAAAGGGCAUUUACCUACUAAUCGACAUAACUACCACGUCUACGGAUAUCUACAGCGGUUCUCCCACAUGGACAAAUGAAAAAUUCUCUGCUUAUAUGGAUAUGGUGGAUGCAUUUGCUUCAUACACGAACACACUCAGAUUCUAUCUAGUCGAUGAUUCCCUUUCAGAUAGUACCACUUAUAUAGCACCACUCUGUAAAGCAGCUGUACGAAAUGUAAAAGGUUACAUCAAAGCAAGAGGCUAUCGUUCUAUACCCAUUGGGGGAUACGUUUUAACUGAUAGCGGUUCUGCACACGAGACCUAUCGGCUGAUUGCAGAUUACAUGGCUUGUGGAAACUCGGCCAUUGAUUUUUGGGUGUUGGCAGAUUAUUCAUGGUGCGACAACUCUACGUUCACGUCUUCGAAUUGCUCUCGUCUCACCGAAAGCUUUUCCGACUACCCAUUACCAAUAUUUAUCACAGACUAUGCAUGCGAUCCCGCUAUAGAAAAUAACAGUAAUAUUGCCGGCCGGAUCUUUGAUGAAGUUGUCACCAUAUAUGGCCCAAAAAUGUCGGAUAUCUGGUCGGGUGGAAUUGUGUAUGAGUGGGCGACCUUCGGCGAUUCAGAUUUCAGUGACUAUGUUCUAGUAAAUGUAACCGAUGACACGAUCCAGCUCAAUCAGAAUCAUAAAUCGCUUUCAACCCAACUUGCUGCGAUCAAUCCCUCCAUGACUCAAAUGUCAGCUUAUACGCCAACUAUUACAACAGCACCAUCAUGCCCGGAUAGAAACGCAACUUGGGCCGCAUCGACAAUACUCCCCCCAACAGCAAAUGACGUAGUAUGCGACUGUAUGAUAGCCUCUGCACUGUAAAGUUGACCCAUCAACAUCAGCCAACACAAUCACAUCAGUUCAAGCAACUCUAUGUACAUCAAACUACACCACCUGUGAAGGAUUUACAUCGAACGCUACUUCUUCAACCUAUGGCGCAUUUAGCGUGUGUUCCCCUUGGCAGCAGGUUUCCUGGGCUAUCAAUCAAUGCUACCUGAAUACGGGAGAUUGCUCGCAGAAAACAACAACGGCAAGUUUGCAAACUUACGAAGCUCUAAACUCUAGCUGCAUCGAUCUUUUAGCAAGAGCCGGUCCGUUAGGCAAAACACUUAUUUGUUCAGAUAUAACGAUUACCAAUUCCACUUCAAACUCAAAUAUCGCAUCCAUGUCUUCA